AUGGAUAAUGCUAAUUUAAACGUGUGUCAUUUAGAAAAUGGCAUAAUGCCUAUGAACAUAGAUCGGUCUCCAAAUUCUGGCCACAAUUCGGACAUGUUCCUUUAUGAUGAUUCUUCAAUGUCUGAUGGCAGUUUAUACGCUAGUGACCAAGAAAAUCAUUCAAUUCCACGAAAACGGUCAGAAUGUAGACGGCUGCAUAAACGGCGAAGUCGGUGUCCGCAACAACAAAUUCAACAACGGCAAGCAGCUAAUCUGCGAGAACGGCGACGUAUGCAAUCAAUCAAUGAUGCCUUCGAAGGUCUCCGGGCACAUAUACCAACGCUACCUUACGAAAAACGAUUGUCUAAAGUCGACACACUGAAGCUCGCUAUCGGCUACAUAAGCUUUCUUGGAGAAUUGGUUCGCACUGAUAGAAAUUCAUCAGAUAACAUGCUGUCAGGUGUUGGGAACGGCCAGAAUAGAGAGGAACAGAAGAAAGUUAUUGUGAGAGGCGGGAAAAGCGCAUCAAAGGUUGUUACACCACAGAAAACAAGACGUGUGAACCCCAUUGUUGGGUCAAAUAGUGCCAGGGCGCGACCCCUAUUUCUGCAAUUUGUUUGUACACCUUUCAGUAAUCAAUAG